GUGUUAGCACCUCCUACAGGCAGUUCGUUCUUGUAGGGAAUUUUCUGGGAAGCGUUACUCCUUACCUCUACCACGAGUGCGCAAUCCAAGCCGCGAAUACUGCUUUGCGACGACCUUUAACAACAUAACAGGCUUGAGGGAGGAAUUCCUACUGUGCUUCACUGCGAGUAACGAGUAGUAGCGCUGCUGCAGCGUCACUAGCCAACUCGGCGGCGGCAGGCCCCUUUUACAGCACAGAUGCCUAAGAACAAGGGCAAGGGCGGUAAGAACCGCAAAAGGGGAAAGAACGAGAACGAGGAGGAGAAGCGCGAGCUGGUCUACAAGGAGGAUGGGCAGGAGUACGCCCAAGUGGUCCGCAUGCUCGGGAACGGUCGUCUUGAGGCUCAGUGCAUAGAUGGCAAAAAACGUCUAUGCAACAUUCGCGGCAAGAUGCGGAAGAAGGUCUGGGUUGCCCAAGGUGAUGUGGUACUGGUCGGCCUUCGCGACUACCAGGACGAUAAGGCGGACGUCAUCAUGAAGUACACGGCUGAUGAGGCGCGUGUGCUAAAGCAGUACGGCGAGCUCCCCGAGCACAUCCGCAUCAACGACACGGACGUCAUGUUUGAGGGCGAGGACAAGGAGAACCAGGAGUACUUCGAUUUCGACGACAUUACAGACAUUUAGAAUUGCGGCACCGUCACUGCGCUUUGAAGUUUGUUGGCAUCGCAUAUCCUUGGCUACGGUCGCGGCGAGGUCUGGGGGCUGCUGCAAUCCUAACAAGUCCUAGAGGGCCGCCGAGGGGCGCUCCUUCGCUGGGCUCCACACGUUCAAGGGUGCCCGCGCGUCCUCUCCUCGAGAGUGCGAUUGUGAUGCCCUUCCCGCUGCUAACAGCCAUCGAGGGAGAGUGCUUUGGACAGGCUGUGAGGGUGAAAGACUGGAGGGGGGUCAGGAGCAGCGGCAAGACGCUGAUGCUGAUGACAUUGGUGGAUGACUAUAAGACGUUGUUGUGUGCUACUACAAGUAUUAAAGCUUGUGUUUCUAUUGUAAGACGAGGGAAAACAAUGCGUCCGUUUCCUUCUUGCAUUGUAUGAUAUGUACGUGCCUCACGCAUGGGCUCUCAUUCCUGUUCGGAGGGAGGGUUGUUGUACGGCUACAGAGGGACGCCAACUUCCCUCCCAACUGCACAGCUCUCGACCUCCUGACCCGGUGGCUGUCUGCAGCCCCUCCCCAGUCGACCGAGCGCAUCAACCCGCUUUCAACACGUGCGAGCAGUACUCGUCGCGUGUAGCUACUCGCCCCCUUCCCCUUCUGCUGCCGCUGCGAAAUGAUUUACAUAUUGAUGACCAAGCAAGGACGUGUCUCCUUCCCGCGACCAGUCCAAUUGCAGUGUCUGGUGCAGUCGGCACGACAAGACACGUGCUUCCAUGUUGAAACUCCUCAUCACUCCUCUCAUUGCUACCAGGAGUCAUGUCCUGCUGCUGCUGAGGAAUAUAGAAAGGAACCGCACUGCAAAACUUGUGCUGUACGAUCAAACAACAGCAGUACGACAGCACUGCACACCGCUGCACUCUUUCAGCAAGACUGACGCCCCUCACCGCACCUCACCUCACCGUUCAGACUCGCCUGUAAAAAUCGCAUACUCACCGCACGCGCACUCUCUCCUCAUCUGGUCUCUUCUUGUAACACACAACCAUCCCUACGC